GCUAACAAGCGGGCUGCUUAAGAAAGUCGCUGGUGUAGCUUCAUUUUCACUUACGGGGAUUUUACAAGGAUAUUCUAUUGAUUUAAUCUUAUGUGAUUGGUGAGGCUUGUUAUUUUAUGUUGUACUAGUCUUUUAGCUUGUUCCUAUUAGUUUAGGAGCCGUAAUUAUAGACACUGGCAAACUAACACUUUCCCGAAACUACCAUGGAAUAUACUCAUUUUACUCCGAAUUAUUUUGCAUAAAUAUUUGUGACGGUUAGUCGGUCUGACUUAAAAUAGAGUGACGGCUUGUUAAAUUUUGCAUGGUCAUUCAUCGACAAACAUUGUUGAGUUCGACCAUGACUUUCUCACCCAUGGUUAUUCCGACAUAACAUAAGCCUGAUACUCUUGUGUUGCUUGUCUAGUUCAUAUUUGACACAUUUUAGUACUCAGGUAUGUGUUAUCUUCCAACUUUCGUUUGUUAUAUGUCCGCACUUCUGGAUUGCCGUUCACUCGAAAGCCACGUGUCUAUGAGUGAUUAACUGAAUUUUAAUGGAAAGCUGUUGCUAAUUGUCAACUGGGCUUACAAUGCAACCCAAAAACUGGAAGACUAUCUUCAUACUAUCUUAGACUAUUGUUUUUAUUAAACUUUCCUGAACAUGCGCCAUACAAAGCAAUUUAUUUUAGUAAGUUCAUAGCUGCUGGCAUUUGGGGACGGUCUCAGGUUCUGUGAAGGUUUUGGUGUAUUGAUUUUGAGCUGUCUUCUGUGGUGUGAUAUUUUCUGAAUUUGGCAGUUCAAGUUAACUCUGAUUUUUUGUCAAGUGUAUGUAUGGCGUCUGACUUGCCUAUCUCAAACUUUUCUUUUUUCAUUCGAGUAUCUUAGAUUAGAUUACGCCACCGUACAAGUACUCUAGCUUUUCUGAUUAUGCAUCCAUCAGCGUAUCCAAAAUUAAGGAAGUUGAGUAGCAUGGGUUGUUGGCAAUUGUGAUAUAGGGUGGAGGUCAGUGAAAGAUCUUUUCUUGUCUUGCUAGAAUAUCAUAAGCCAUGUUGGAUACUUUCUUAAAGGCAUCUCGUAACCUUGUUUCUUCUGGAUUUUACCGCGCAUUAUAUCCCAAUCACACCUUCACAAGUGUCAAACUGUUUUGUGGCAUAAUUACACACUUUGUGUUCCAACCUUUUCACAAUACGCCGUAUUCAAACCUCAUUACUGAAUUUAUUGGUAUAUUCAAAUACAGGAACGGCUCAAGGCUACCAGGCAACCUCCUUUGGGUCUUCCAAACACGACCUUUUUGUUUGUCGACUUAUGGUUGUUUAGCCUUAACAGUUUGAUUUCAUCCUGAGUCCUAAUUUACCGAACCUGAGCGGCACCGUCCCUCCACACAUAAUAUAGUUCAUCGUAUGGCAUGUAAAAAUUCUGAUCUAGUCAACUGGGUUUCAAGAGAUCUUUUCUUUGUUGCAGUUUGUAGUACACAGUCUAAUUAUUUGUAAAUCGUUGUAUUUCCAUUAUUGUUCUGCUUGUUUGUUUUAUCAGAUGGUGUGAGUAUUAUUUGUUGGAUAAUAUUUGGGCUACACUUAAUCGUCCAUCAUCAUAAUGACAUUAUUUCCAAAAUAAGUCGUUUUUUAGACCUCAUAUAGUGAGCUCUGCUCAUAAUAAUCUCAAUUUUAUUUUUUACUAGAUCUUGCCAAGCUGCAUUUACCUACAAAAACUGAUUAAACGAGAGUAAAUCUUGCGUACUGGAUUCCGUGGAACUAUCUAACCUAAGUGUAAUCACAAAGUUUAUCUAGCAUACAUCAAUUGGAAUUCGUGUUUGCAGCCAUUAAUCUUAGUAUUUGAGAAUGGCAGGUUUUCCACAUCCUUUCGUCACACCACACCUUGGAUACCCCGGAUAUGCUCAUCCAAAUUUUGUGCCCAAUCCAGUUACAUCUGUCUCUCAGUUAUCAGCUGUGCAAAUCAAUGCAGGUUGGGUAGAACAUUAUUCUCAUGAUGGUAGAAAAUAUUAUUUUAACCCCUACACUCAUCAAACUACAUGGGAGAAACCUCAAGAAUUAAAAACUCAGCGAGAGAAAAUACUUUUUAAUUCUCCAUGGAAAGAGUUUAAGUCUGAGAAUGGGAAACCUUAUUAUUACAACGAAAUUACAAAACAGUCGGUUUGGGUAAAACCACAAGAACUAAUAGACGCUGAAAACCAAGCUGCAGCUUGUACCCCGACAUCAAAUAAUUCAAUCCCUGAGCCACCAAAUGGCAUACCACCUGUUACACCGUGUACACCAGCGACACCUAAAGAAGAUGCCAAUAAACCACCUGAGCCUUCAGAAAUAGAACGCGCCAUGAAAGCAACUUUAGCCUCUAUCGAGGCAUCAGAUGCAGCAACAGCGUCAAUUCCUAUUCCGCUUCCUCCAGAAAAGUUAGACGAAAGUGAGGAGGAGAGUGAUGAAGAAAAACCGGUAAACACUUCACAGUCAGCUACUACAGUUCCUUCAAGUACACAACCUGCUGUACCGGAAUAUAAAACGAGAGCAGAAAUGGCAGAAGGUCUUAGGCGGCUUUUUAGAGAUUGUAAUGUUCCAGGUGCUUCAACAUGGGAACAAGCAUUGAAACUUAUAUCUGGAGAUCCUAGGUAUGCUGUCUUGAAAACGUUUAAUGAGAAAAAGCAGAUAUUUAAUGUAUACAAAACUCAGAGAUUAAAAGAAGAACGAGAAGAACAAAGAAUAAGAAUCAAACGAGCAAAAGAAGACUUAGAAAAGUAUUUAUUAAAGUGCAAUAAAUUGCAUUCAACUAUGUCAUAUCGCAGAGUAGACCAGUUACUGUCAGAUACAAAAGAAUGGACUGAUGUUCCAGAUCGUGAUCGUCGUGAGAUAUUUGAAGAUGUUAUGCAAGAGAUUGGAAAACGUGAAAGAGAAGAAGCUAAGAUACUUCGCAAACGAAAUAUAAGAGUAUUUAAUGAAAUUCUAAGCGAGAUGCUUGAUCUUACCUAUCGAACAACAUGGAGUGAAGCGCAACAAAUGUUACUUGACAAUACUAGGUUUACAGAAGAUGUAGAAUUACAAAAUCUAGAUAAAGAAGACGCCUUAAUUUGUUUUGAAGAGCAUAUCUGUAUGCUUGAACAAGAGUAUGAAGAGGAGAAAGAUCGUGAACGUCGUAAACAAAAAAGGGAACAACGUAAAAAUCGUGAAGCUUUUAUAGUCCUGCUUGAGGAGUUACGUGAACGUAAAUUACUCACAUCUAUCUCUUUAUGGAAAGAUCUUUAUCAGAUUAUAAACAAAGAUGAUCGUUUCCAUAAAAUGCUUGCUCAACGUGGUUCCACUCCACUUGAUCUGUUUAAAUUUUACGUGGAAUCAUUAAAAGCACGUUUCCCUGCAGAGAAAAAAAUAAUCAAAGAAAUCUUAAAGUAUAGUAGUACACCAUUCGAUACAUCUGUUAGCUUUGAGGAUUUUUGUUCAAUGAUAACUGCAGAUGAACGAAGUAAAGGAAUCGAUGAUGGCAACCUACGUUUGGCAUAUGAUAGUUUAUUAGAAAAAGCUCAAAGUCGGGAACGUGAACGUCAAAGAGACGAUGCUAGGCGUAUGCGAAAGUUGGAACAGAAUUUCUGUGAAAUGCUCUCCGCAUCGAAUUUCAUUCAACCAACUACUAGUUGGGAAGAAGUUCGCGAGAAGUUGGGUGAUCAUCCUGCCUUUAAGGGUAUGUCAUUGGAAUCUGAAAAAAUUCGACUUUUCAAAGAAUACAUAAUGUCAAUCGACAAUUCAUUCAAUGAAGAUAAUCAUCGUUCUCGUAAGGAUAAACAUCGACACGAAGAGUCUGCUUCAACCAAUCAAAAUAUUGAAAAGGACGUGGAUCAAAAGAAAAAACAAACUGUAUCCCCUUCCCCUGCUCCUUCAAACGAUAGUCGUGCUCAAAAAUCAGAUGAUGAUGAUGAUGAUAAACGUGCCUCACAAAAGCGUAAACAUCGUAAAUCGAAAAAAUCAAAACAUCAUCGUAAAUCAAAACAUCAUAAACACCGUAAAGGCAAUGACAAACGUCAAGAUGAUGAAUUAGAAGAAGGCGAAGCUGCUGACGACGAUGAUGAGGAGGAUGAUGGUGAGGAAGAAGCUGGUUCUGCUGCUAAUCCUGAAGCAAUAGCUGCUGGCGGCGGUGGUGGUGAUAGUAGUAAUGGUAAACGUCAACGUCGUCAUCGACACGGUGGAGGUGGUGGACAACGUCCAUCACGCACCUCGGAUCCUGAAGACGGUGAAGAGUUGGACAGUACAAGUGAUGGAGAGGUGUAUGAUCAUGACACGAAGCGUAAAAGACGUUAG